CUUUGAUGUUUGUCAGACGUCAGUUUUCCGAGGCGAGGACGUGAUUUCCCACAGGUCCACUCUCCACACACGUAUUUAUUUAUGUGGUUUCAAAUAUUAAGUUGAAUAGAAGUCACUCGUCUGCUCAGACGUGUUCUCGAGCAAAUGCUCCGCGCAGUGAAAAUGACACGGACAUUUUCGUAUUUUACCGUUGCCACGUUAUGUCUCUCCUAUGUGAACAGUGAUAGUGUAAAGUUCUACGAACAAAAGCACCAUCAUGAACACAAACAGUUCUCGGAACAAGACGUGCGGGCGCUGGCCGCACUCUCCGACCAGACUCACUUCAGAUCCGUGCUGGAUGAAAUACUCAUCCCGAGGGUGGUCGGGACCCCCAACCAUGAGAAGGUUGGGAACUACAUAGUAGGACAGAUGCGAGGCCUCGGCUGGGACGUCAAAGAAGAUACUUUCGUUGAUAAUACCCCUGUGUUUGGAAAACUUACCUUUAGGAACAUUAUUGCAACAUUGAACCCAAAUGCGGAUAGAUAUUUGACACUAGCCUGCCACUAUGAUAGUAAAUAUACAAGGGAGCAUGUGUUUGUUGGCGCGACGGACUCAGCGGUCCCGUGCGCGAUGAUGAUGAACCUGGCCCAGGUGAUGUCCCGUCAGCUGGAGCCACUCAAGCGCGCGUCGCUCAGCCUCAUGUUCAUAUUCUUCGACGGGGAGGAGGCGUUCCGGCAGUGGGGGCCCACCGACUCCAUAUACGGGGCUAGACAUCUCGCCAAGAAGUGGCAGAAUACGCCCUACAGGGACGGCACUACGCAGCUGCAUAGGAUUGACGUGCUGGUGCUGUUAGACCUGCUGGGCACGCCCGACCCCGUGUUCUACAGCUACUUCCAGGCCACAGAGAAGUGGUACCUCCGCCUGGCCACAGCUGAACAAACGCUGGCGCGGCUGGGGCUGCUCGGCGGCUACUCGCGCGGGAAGGACGAACAGACCUACUACCGGCUGCGCAGUUCCGGGUCCUUCAUAGAGGACGACCACAUACCGUUCCUGAGGAGAAACGUGAACAUCCUGCACAUAAUCCCAUCUCCAUUCCCCGCGGUGUGGCACCGCGCCGACGACGACCUGGCCGCGCUCGACUUCAACACCAUCGACAACCUCAACAAGAUCCUGCGCGUGUUUGUAGCUGAGUACCUGCAUGUGCAGCCCUAGCGGACCUCCUUGCUAGCGCUACUGGCCAGGAGGUUGAGACCAAAGAGGUUACACUCCUUGGUGUUAGAUAGAAGUAUGCAACCUUAGCGAUGAGACUCCUUGCAAAGAAACGAAUGCAACCUUAGCGGUAGGGUAGGUUAUUGUUACUAGUUAGAUACAAAAACAACUUUAGCGAUGAUACUCCAAGUUAAUAGACAAAAGUAUGCAACCUUAACGGUAGGACGUAGGACUCUUUGUUACUGGCCUAGUAUACAACCGUAGAGGGAAAA